AUGUUACAAUCGAAAUUUGAAAAACUACCCGAUGAAAUUAUUCUUGAGAUUUGUCAUUAUUUAAAAUCAUUUGAUAUUAUCAAUAGUUUUUGUCAACUUAAUUGGCGUCUUAAUCGAACUAUUAGUCGAUUCCGAUUUAAUUCAGAUAUUCAUCAUUUAACCUUGCAUCAAUAUGAACGAUGGUAUUCAUAUUUAUUACCUUAUACAGCAAAAUAUAUUAGAAAUUUAGUUUUAAGUAAUUGGAAUUCACCAGGUCAAAUUCGUCUUUUUAAUCAAUCGAUUAAAAAUUAUAAUUCUCUUUAUCAAUUAUUACCUAAUAUAAAACAACUUCGAUUGAUUGAUUUUAGUAAUGAUGAUAUUCAUAUUUUACCAAAAUUAGCUAUGAUUGAUAAAAUACUAAUUGAUAUUGAUGCAUUGAAACCUCUUCUAUAUUCAACAAAAUGUCUUCUUGAUCAUUAUCUUUUUUGUUCAUCAUUUACAUUUAAAGAAAUACGUCUUUGGGUUGGUGAAGGUGGUAUUAGAUUACAGCAUAAUGCAAAACUUGUAGUAAAUCCAUAUCUUGAACGAUUGACAAUCGUUGUAGCACAAAUAGAUGAUCUUAUUUUACUCUUUGAACGUGCACCUAAUCUUAUUAAAUUAUAUGUUGCAAUCAGUACAUUUUCAUCGAACACAUCUAGACAAUAUGUUAUGAGUGAAGUAAUGCCAAAAAAAUUAACAGAUUUUCAUAUUCAAACAAAUGAUCGACAAGCUCUUACAUUUGAUGCUUUAUUUGUAAUUAUGAUUCAUAUACCCACUAUUAAAUUACUUUCAGUUGAUAUCGAAACAAAUGAUAGAGAUUAUGCUGAUGGUCUUUGUUGGACAUUUUUAAUAUCUCGUUUACCUAAUUUAAAACGUUUAUAUUUCAAAACUCGUAUUUGGAUGGGAACAGGAACAACAUCUAUUGAUGUUAAUCCAUUUAUUGAAUCAUUUGCACGAGCAAAAUUACCAAUUAUUUGUUAUGCUGAUAAGAGAGUACUUUAUAUUGAUACAGUUCCAUAUGAUAUGCAUGAAUUUAAUACAAAUAUGUGUGUAACAACAUCACCGAUAGUUAAAUAUGCUAAAACAACAGAUAUUAAAUUAUAUCAACGACCAGCUUAUGGUGUUCAAUCACUUUUAUUAUCUACACGACAUGAAAAAACGUCCAUAGACGAUUGGUUAUACGUUCUUAGUCGUUUUCCAUGUAUUCAAGCUCUUGAUCUUACUGCUAUUAAUAUAAUCGAUCAAACAAAUAUAAAUCGACCAUUAUGUUUACCACGUCUUAUCGCGUUACGAUAUGUUCGAUCAACAAAAUGCAAAAUAAAUAUACCUUUUUUUCUAUUACUUGUAAUGAAUAGUUCAAUAACUCCUUGUCUUCGUGCUUUAACUGUCAUGUAUGGUGAUCUUGUUUAUCUAUGUAAACGUUUACCUGGUUUUAUUUUUGAUCGAUUAAAAGAACUUUGGUUAUUCGGUAGUGAUACAGAUGGUCGUGUGAUUAUAGAAGAUAUUUAUUUAUUACUUAAUACAUUUCCAAAUUUACAUCAUUUUUCAUUAUUAAUACAAUCAAGUAGAUCUAUUAAUAGAAAUCUUGAACAAAUUAUUGAAAUGAUUGUAUCUUCGUUACCAAAUUUAAUAAGUUUUCGUCUGAUUUGUAGAAAAAGUUCAUUUAAACUACAUUCAUUAAUUGAUAAUAAUACACGAAAUGAUUGGAUUAAACGAAUAUUUGGUUUAAAUGAUAAUGAACAAAUUCAUAUAAUGAUCAAUAAAAAAGAAAUAUCAAUUUGGAAAUGA